AUGUCACAGCAAACGGGCUCUACCUUAUCCCUUCGCGCUCAGGAUGCCUCAUCUGCUGCAGCCCAGAACCUAAUGUGGGACAUCCUAGUCGACACUUGGUGCCCAGCAUCCAACCCAAAUGGCUACAUCAACGUCGGCGUCGCUGAGAACGCCCUCAUGCACACCGAACUCCUGCAAUACCUUAACAAAAAUCCUCAAUUACCUGCUGAGUACCUCACCUACAACGACGGCGGCGGCGGCUCGAACAGACUCCGACGUAGUAUCGCCCAGUUUCUGAACCGCCAUUUGAAGCCCGUUAUACCGCUUGAUGCGGAGCACUUGGUCGUCACGAACGGCGUCUCUCCUGCCAUCGAGCAUGUAUCAUGGGCCUUUACGGAUCCCGGUGAGGGAAUACUACUUGGCAAGCCGUUCUACGGCACGUUCAUCCCGGAUCUCUCAACGAGGCCUGGUGCGACGGUUAUCCCCGUGAACUUUGAAGACGUGGAUCCGUUCAGCGCCGCGGCUGUAUCGAAGUACGAAGAAGCUCUUCUUGCGUUUCAAAACUCGACCGGGAAGAAAGUCAAAGCUUUGAUGCUGUGUCACCCGCAUAACCCGCUAGGCCGAUGCUACCCCCACGAGGUGAUCGUCAAAUUGAUGCAGCUGUGCCAGAAGUAUCAGAUCCACCUAAUCAGCGACGAGAUCUAUGCCUUGUCUGUCUUCGAAAAUACAGUGGACGAGUACCCGCCGCCAGUCACCUUCGAGUCUGCGCUAUCAAUUGAUUUGAAUGGGAUCAUUGAUCCCAAACUCGUGCACGUCCUUUGGGGCAUGAGUAAAGACUUUGGCGCAAAUGGUCUCCGUCUCGGCGUGAUUAUCUCUCAGUCCAGUCCGGAAUUCCACGGUGCACUCCGCGCGAUCUCGCUGUACUCCUAUUCCUCAGGAAUCGCAGACCACUUAGUUGCGAGUCUAUUGGAAGAUGAUGAGUUUACGACGGGGUAUAUUCAAGAGAAUCAGAGGAGGCUGUCAGAGUCUUAUGCAUUUGCCGUGGAGUUUUUGAAGAAGCACAGCAUCCAAUACGCGACUGGUUGCAAUGCUGCAUUUUUCCUUUGGGUCGAUCUGGGAAAGAGAUAUCGGGAGCUCCAUGGAGAGAUUUCUGCCGAGGAAGAGGUUGGAGAGAAGGUUAUGCGGCGAUUGUUGGAAGAGAAGGUGUUUUUGGCUAGUGGGGCGCUUUUUGGUUCGGAGAAGGAUGGGUGGUUUAGGAUUGUGUUUACGCAGCCAAGGGAUUAUUUGGAGCGUGCGCUGAAGAGGAUUGUUAGGGCUGUGGAAGAGUGA